UCAGCAUCUGCUGCUGCAGGCAUGGACGGGUCCAGCAACAAGUUGUUUUGCUGCCGGUGGGUACGCGACCAGAUCCCCACCACUUUCAGAGAUGAACUUUACCACAUCCUGAGGAUGACCGGACCGCUGCUGCUCUGCAGAAUCCUCCAUUACCUGCUGCCAUUUGUGGUUACAAUUUUCUGUGGGCGCCUGGGAAAUGAGGUGAUGGCCGGCUACGGAUUGGCGUCUGCUGCCAUUAACAUCACCACCACAGCGACGGGUUGCGGUCUGGGUCUGGCUUGUGAUACUUUGGUGUCUCAGACGUUUGGUGGUAAGAACCUGCUGCGGGUGGGCGUGAUUCUGCAGCGGAGCAUCAUCAUCCUCAUGUUGUUCUGUUUGCCUUGCUGGGGACUCCUCAUUAAUGCUCAGCUCAUCUUGUUGUGUCUGGGUCAGGACCCUGAGGUUGCCAGAAUAGCCCAGCUGUACAUCACAGCCUUCCUUCCUGCUGUACCAGCGAUGUUUCUGUAUAAUCUCCAGGUGUCUUAUCUGCAGAACCAGGGAAUAAUCUUACCACAAAUGUAUGCCGCUGCUUUGGCGAACGUAGCUAAUGUGGUGACGAAUUACGCCUUCCUGUACUGGCUGGAUCUCGGUGUUGGUGGGUCUGCCGCAGCAAACACUCUCUCUCAGAUUUACAUCUGUGUGUUUGUUUUUGCGUACAUUUGGUGGAAGAAGCUUCAUUCGACAACAUGGGGAGGCUGGUCAGUUGAAUCGCUGCAGGAGUGGGGCUCCUACAUGAAGCUGGCAGUUCCCAGUACAUUAAUGACUUGUUUCGAGUGGUGGGUUUAUGAGUUUGGGGGAUUCUUUGCAGGAAUGCUGAGUGAGGACGAGCUUGCGGCCCAGCAUGCUGUGAUAAUGGUGGCUUUCAUCACUUACAUGUUUCCUCUUGGGAUUCAAGCUGCAGCUUGUGCUCGAGUUGGGAACGCGCUCGGUGCAGGAGACACCGCCCGGGCGCUUCUCACCAGCAAGAUGUCACUUUCCCUUGCAGCCUCCUUUGCAGUUGUUGAGGGCGUUGUGCUUGGUUCCACUAAAACAACGAUUGGUUACAUCUUCACCUCCGAUGAGAAUAUUGCAAGAAUCGUGUCAGACCUGAUGAACGCUUACUGUUUCCUUCAGCUCUUUGAUGGUCUUGUGUGUGUGUGCACAGGCAUCUUCCUAGGAACAGGCAAACAGAAGAUACCAGCUGUGGCCAAUUUAAUUGGAUACUACUGCAUUGGGCUCACGCUGAGUGUGACUUUGAUAUUUGUCGCAAAAAUGAGGAUUUUAGGCUUUUGGCUCGGGCUGCUUGUUUGUGUCGUUUUGCAAUCCACCUUCUACAUUAUUGUUAUCUUCAGGCUGAACUGGGUUAAAAUGACAGAGGAGGCUGUGAAACGCGCCAAGAAAAGAACUAAUAAGACACUUUUAGGGACAGAUGUCUCGUUAGACACUGAGGGUAGCAUCACAAAUCGAAUGGCAUCAAGCAAUGGAAAUACGGUGGAAGGCUACAUGUCUGUGAAGACUGAGCAGCAUGAUGAAGACAGUGAGACAAAAGACAGACGUGCGGUUCAGCAGCAGAAGCCCUCCCGUCUCUCCACCACGCAGCUGAUCAUCGGACGAGGACUCAUCUUGUUUGCAGCUCUUGUUCUUCUCGCUGUCGGAGCAGCAGUCCACCUCCUCGUCCCUUUGCCAGAGGUCGACUCUGCAAAAGCCAACUUAACCCUGGGCUGGAUCAAUACAACCUUUGCUCCUCAUCAACUUUUGUCCACCGUCCAAUAAAAGAGUCAACAUUCUCAUGAAACACCAAAUGUACAGGAAACAGAAUGAAAACACAUCAUGGAGGCCCUCUCUACAUGUAGACAAUCAGCUUGGUUGACAAUUAGUCAGAUUGUGAUUUAAUGUGAAUAUGUUCUUUAAUUUCACAAAAUAAAAGAGUAGAAUUAAA